UCUCGCCAAGUCUGAUAUCCUGCCGAAACGUGCCUUCGUUAACUAACGAUGACAUUCAAUUGCUUGGUUAUUGCUUGCAAGGAACUUCAUUAUCCGGAAAAAAACGAUGUGUUGAAGAAAACAUAGUAAUUUGUUCAUAGGUUCAUCGUAACCGUGUAGUGGUAACGGAUCAAAACCGUACAGAAUGAUUAUGGAUUAUUUGGAUUAGGCAGACCUUUAGGGAUCGUGUGCCCACAGCCACUUAUAACUACAGGUGGUACAUUUUGCAGAAUUCGUCGGCAUAGUACCAGCUAGAUCUAACGGCUAAUAGACCAAGACGAUGGAGACCGACGAAGACAUGAUGAAGAGGUUUCUUGCUGAAGCUAAACGUAAUUGCCUGUCUAUCGCAAAUAAUGGCAACGACAGCUCUAACGAAUUCAAUGAAGUGACAUCCUUCGAUCGCUGCCCAAGAGAAUGGGAUGGUUUUCUGUGUUGGCCGUCUUCUCCUGCUAGCCAGAGUGUUCAGCUAAGGUGUCCCGAUAUGCUCUAUGCCUUUGACACUUCACAGUUCGCCAGUCGUACCUGCGGAGACAAUGGAACGUGGACACUGGUCAAAAUAACUCCAAUAGGACCUUUGUUCACGAACUACACGAUGUGCACUCUUGCAACACAGGAUCAUAUCAACACCAUUGAAGCCUUUCAGCCGCAUAUCCGUAUGAUUAAAUUUUUGGCCCGCAUAGGAUACGGAGUUUCACUCGUGAGUCUCAUCUGCGCUCUGAUCAUCCUCAUCUCUAUCAAACGUUUGCGGUGCCCUCGAAACUGCCUCCAUAUGAAUCUCUUCACAUCAUUUAUUCUACGAGCGGCCAUUUUCCUUCUGAAGGAUCGGAUGUUUAUUUCUGGAGUUGGCCUCUACGGCACUUUUGAUGAUAACCAGAAGAGUAUCUGCUGCAAGCUCUUUCUGGCAAUGUUUCACUAUACACUAAUGGCUAAUUACUGCUGGAUCCUUAUGGAAGGCCUCUACUUGCAUAGUCUCGUCUUUCAUUCGCUUGGCAACGAUCCUUCGAGUAUAUCGAAGUAUACCAUCAUGGGAUGGGGCUUACCUGUGCUAUUUAUUGCACCUUGGUCCCUGGCUCGAGCUCUAUGGGAAAACAAACUAUGCUGGACGACGAAUAAAAUUGGGUGGCAUGAAUGGAUCAUCCGUGGUCCGAUUACCCUGUCAAUUGUCGUUAAUUUUAUUCUAUUUGUAAACAUCACAAGGGUUCUUUUUGUUAAGAUGUUUGCUUCGCAGGCGCCCGUGGCCAAACGCUACAAGUACAGAAAAUGGUUCAAAUCGACGCUGGUUUUGGUUCCGCUCUUUGGGUCCCAUUAUUCAUUACUGUUAGUGGCUUCUAUAGCUGCCGACCUGCUCUCGCCGCAAGUUGAAGUCUACUGGAUGUACAUAGAUCAAACAUUCUCGUCGUUUCAGGGUGUAUUGGUAGCCUUGUUAUAUUGUUUCUUUAACACUGAAGUGAAUGAGGCUAUUCGAUUUGUAUUGCGUCGAAAUCCACAUUUCUUCUAUAUGCGCAAGUUGCUGAACACCAAACGCAACGUGGAAGCAGGCCAAGAUGGCUCCGUACGAUCUAGAGCUAUGCGGCGGUCAAGGUCUAUGGAGAACAGCUGCGAGAGAUCAGAUCUCUUCGUGCAUGAUCAUUCAUCGAAUCCGUUUGCACGAAAACUUUCAACGACUUCAUACACUGAUGCUGUACUUGCCCAUCCAGUUGUUGCACACCCAGGGCCUCUACCGCAUCUCCAAAGCAUUGUUCAUGGAGUGCACGUCCACGGCCUCCAUGUCCAUGCACAACCGGCUGGCAAUAAUCGUCUCCAAGUGAUGCCGGAAUUGCACAUACUUACGGCUGAAGUCUCCACGUCGAUGUCCAGAUCGGGUUCGCCCCGCGAGCAAGCCAGCGACCCGAGGUCUAUGCCGGUCUGA